AGAGUACAGUAAGUAUACCGUCUGUGACGCGACUUCAUACUUCAAUCAUUCAAUGUUAAAUUAUAAUAGAAUUUGUAUGCGGGUAUCUAAUAGCUAUAAUAAUGUAUUAUGUUAUAAAUAAUAUGUAUUAAUUUAGUUAAAUAAGUAAUAUGAUAUGACGAAUUAUACAUAGAUUUUUAGAGAUAAUGCAAAAUGUCUUUAGAACAAACAGCUUGUGAUGACUUGAAGGCUUUUGAACGGCGUUUGACAGAAGUAAUAGCAUGUCUUCAGCCAGCUACUAUGAGGUGGAGAAUUCUCCUGGCUGUUGUGUCUGUGUGCACAGCGAUUGCCGCAUGGCACUGGCUAACUGACCCUCUCACACCAGUUGUAUCUUUAACACAAUCGCUGUGGAACCAUCCGUUCUUUGCUUUAACUUCUACAUUUUUAGUUCUAUUGUUUAUGAUGGGAGUACAUAGGAGAGUGAUAGCACCAAGCAUUAUAACAGCGCGGACAAGAUCAGUUCUCAAUGAUUUCAACAUGUCUUGCGAUGAAACUGGGAAACUUAUCCUAAAGCCUAGACCCGCUAAUAAUUAAUUUAAAUAUAAUUUUCUUGUAAAUAUUAUUACUGUUAACAAAAAUUGUUUAUAAAUAAAACACAAUAUGA